CUGCAUUCGGCUCAUCGUACAAAGAAAAAAAACAAAAAACAACAAAACAAACAAAAAAAAAGGGAGUCGUUUUCCGUCGUCAAACUGACAGAGCGCUGGUGAAACAGGAGGCUGAACCGGACAGGCGAGGAGAGAGGCAGCAUGUCAGCGUUUCACCAAGCCAACAGCAGCAGCGCGGUCCGAGCCAAGCAGCUGUACAAGAAGAGGAAGUCUCGCUUCUCCUACAGCGAGAUCAAGGUGCUCCUGGAGGAAGUGCGCAGGAACAGGCACAUCAUUUUAGGCAAGUUUAACCACGGCGUGCCGUCGAACCUGAAGAAGCGCACGUGGGCGGACAUCACGGCCCGGAUCAACGAGGUCAGCCAGUGCCCGCGGGAGAUCAUCGAGGUCAUCAAGAAAUGGUCGGACAUGAAGUGCGACGUGAAGCGACGGCUGGCGGCGAGGUGCGAGGGGGCUGGCGAGGGACCGGACGAGCUGACCCCAGUGGAGUCCAUCGUCCACCAGAUCCUGCAGCUCACCGGCACGCGGCAGCGCCACCCGCCCCAGCCCCGAGCCUCCUCCCUGGGCAGCGGACUCGGCGCCAGGGACCGAGAGGAGCCGACUGCAAGCGCCGCUUCAGUCGGUCUUCCUGUGGCUGAGGGUUUUGUCACAGGCCUGCCCGAGACGCCGCUGCCUCUGCUCUUGUCUGCACAGGACCCAGCCCCAACUCCCAUGUACUGCAUUGCAUCGCGGCAAGAAUCCACCGCAUCCUCUUAUGAGCUACAAUAUGAAAUCCAGACUAUUGAUGAUGAGGACGUGAAGUCGAUCGAUUCAGCAGGGGAGGAGAUCGGAGCCGAAGAAUCGGGAACCCCCCUGCCCUCGUCCUCCGCGCCCCCUGCUGAGGAGGGCACCCCUCUCCUAGGGGGCUCACAGAGAAGGGGAGCCCCCAACCCCCGCCCCAGCCUGGCCCCCCGGGGCGGUGCGAGCAUGCGCAAGGAGAUCAUGCGCAACGCAGCCCAGAGCGUGCAGGAGCAGCGCUCCUCCAACGAGCUCCUGCGGUCCGUGUCACGCUCCCUGGAGCUGCUCUCCGAAUCGCUGCAGGAGGCAGUGGAGACGCAGCAGGACUUCGUGCGCGACUCCCUGGCACUGCAGAGGGAGUCCUUGCAGGUGCUGCGGGACUUUGCCAGCGCCGCCCUCACAACCUUGCAGGAGAAGCUGAAUGGGCACCCCCUCCCACGGCGCUGACACACGCUCCUCACCUCGAGCCACCCGCCGAACAGGGGCUGCAAACCCAGCGCUAGCGCUGCUGCUGCUGCCGCCGAGUCCUGGGCUUCUGUUUGUUUAGUUGUAUAAUAUUGGAAUGAUCACAACCCAGGAUUGGACAACUGGGAAAACAUUUCGGUACACCCCUUUGCAAAUGACUUUCAAUUUUCUUCCUUUCUCUUGUUCGCUGACCGAGGCUUUUACAUAGCGUUAAACGCAUUGCUUAUAAAAAAAAAAAAAAAAAAAAAAAAAAAAAAAAAAAAAGUUUACAAGACUGGAAAAUGUUAAUUAUCUUUAUUUCUGCUGUUUCUAAAACUAUGUGACUGUUUGAAUCGCUUGAUUUUUAUUUAUUUGUUUAUUUUUCUGUAACAAUAUACACCGAUACAGUGCUCACCUGUUACAACGUCACAGUGCGGAAUCAGUUAUAACACAGCAGGGUCUCAUUUGCUCCAUAAUGCCUUUACAGUAACCCUUUUAUAUAGAGGUGGAACACAAACAGCACAGGCUUGCGCUAUAGGGUUAUAAGAGCUGAGCAGUGUGUGUGUAUAGACACACACACACACACACACACACACACGUAAUUUAUUUUGCAUUAUUUAUUAAAAAUAGCAAUACAAUGUUGCUCCAUAAACUUUUGUUGUUUUUUCUAGAGCUGUUCAAGUUUGAUGUUCGGACUCUCUGGUUCUGUUUACUGCUAUGGAAACACUUUGCACGGGCUGGUUCAUCCAUUGUCUUCACAGCAGGAAGGGCCUGCGCCCUCUCCUUUGGGUUUGAGCUGGCUGUGCACAUCCACACGGCAGAGAAAGCUGCACUUACUGAUAUGAGGAGACAUGUCAUUUCAAGGGCAAGUUGCCAUGACUUUGAGAAACAUUUCUUUAAAACGGCGCCCACACACACACGCCUCGCUGCCUUUGCCUGUUCAGCCUGGGAACUUUGACAAAGCCUGCCUUGUAAAUGCUUUUGUGUCCAGGCCGGUAGGGUCGCUCAGCGGCUUUAAGAUAGUAAGUCUAUUUCUGAAGGCAAUACAGGGAGUGCAAUGCUAUACACAUUAACGUCUAAUUUCAAUACAACUUCCAUUUGCAAUAGCCUAUCUGCCCACAGUAACGGUAACAAAAUAUAUAUGAACGAAUUUAAACCUACUUGCACGGUUUCUGCUUUAGCUCCCCUGUUGACAGCACCGCACGUGCCUUCCCCACCGGCGUUGAUGCACAUUCCGUGAUUGACAGCCCCGAAGGACGAAUCGGAAGAAAGCAGAGGAAUAGAUUCGCUAAAUUGACCAAUCGGGAUUAACCAAGGAGGGGCAAUUAUGGAGACUGAUGUAGUGAAAAAGAUAAGAGGCGGGUCAGGUGUUUGUAAUUAAAUUGUAUUAUUUUAUAUAUUUUCGAUGCGUUUUAAACAGUUUCUUAAAUGUUACUGUCGUGCAAAUGGCGGGCACUUGGUUAUUUUGCACGUUGAAGGACCGUGCAUUACCUACAGUGCCGUGUUUAUUUGCUGGUUUACCAAAAGGUUUGCAAAAAAAUAAAUUAAAAUGCAUUUCAGGCUUCUCUUCUCUCGACUUUAGAAAAGCAUUUGACAGUCCCGCUUAUAUUGCACGCAAAUGUGAAUCUGUUGAUUGCAAAUGUCAAUCAACUUACCACACAGCAAGCGCCUUGCCACAUCCCGAGUGAACUUCAUGCAUUCCCAGCGACAGAAUCUGCAGCCAGGGAAACACGAACUGUCAAACAUCUAUUUUAACAACCGUGGCGGAUCUUAACACCGCAGCUCUAUGACUGCAUUAACCCAGCAGGGGUGACCCCUCCUGCCCUCAGGAUUAAUCAAGCCUGUAUCCUGUGAACAGAAGAUUGCUCUAGUGCAGUACCGUACACAGGAGGGCAGCAAUGUUAUAUCUACCACAGCGACACAAGGCUAGAUAAGGGGGGGUUGUCUGUUUUGUGCUCAAACCCAAGUAUACUGUUAUACUCUUUAACUUCUCUUUCACUAUAUCUAUCGUCCUGAUAACUCACCCUCAUAUUGUUUACCGCAAAAGUCAAGUCUGAAUGUAACGACGCAUAAGUAAACAGCCCAAUUUCUACUCAAAGAAAUGUGCUUGGUGCGUAAUGGGUCAGGUAUAAGCAUCCAUUACUCUACUAAAUGAUAGUGCUGCGGAAUCUUCUAUGGGUUUAAAGUUUUCCUGCAGAUAACAGGAAUUAACCUGUAUCACUUAAACAAAAAACAAAAAACAAAACCAAGACAUAUAAUAAAUAGGGGUUCCUCUCAGGGCCUUUCUCCGCGUCUUCAGUACCGCUUCGGGGCAGUUUCGCAGAACUGUGUACAAAACAAACCUUUUACAGUUUCGCAGAACUGCGUACAAAACAAAUCGUUUAAGCUUAAGCUGUCCUGCGUGCAGCGAUGAGGAACAGGUAACACUGUGCUGAUAACAGUGAAGAGACAAUGUGACCGGGUGAGCGAAAGUACAGCGUGUGCUGCACCAUUACACCGAAAAAUACGCGCGUCAGUCGCCUGGUGGUUACCAGUCUUGAGGUCCUGGAAGCUAGCGUUUGAAAAAUUAAUCUAAUAAAAUAUUUUCCCCCAAUUACCGGCUAAUACAGAUGCACUCUACUCCACUGUUUAACACGAAUACACCUGAUUCUUAUAUCUAAUCGUGCGGUUAUUGUGAUGCGGCACAGCCAAUCGAAAUCCCAUUCCAUUUCUAAUCACCUUUUUCAAAUCAAUUCCCAAUUGCUAUUGCAACAAAAUCAUCGAUCAAAAUUGCAAUGAGCAGAGUUCAGUUGAAAAAGAGCUUCUCACAGUGGCAACAAAUAACAUACAUCGCAAGUCAUUGUUUGUUUGUUAAGUCAAUUAAAUUGGCUUGAAAUGAAAAGCAGCUGAACAAUCGGCACAGUUGUCUGACGAGUCUGUAAAAUCUGCAUUCCAAAUUCCUUCCAAGGAGUCGCAGCUGAGAACUGAUUUUGAAAAGGAAAACGAAAUUGAAAAGCAAGCUUCCACCCUCGACCCCCGUGCACAGCUUGUGGUCUUGUCUGUAGAGUCGAUCGC